AUGUUUCUCGACAUCAUUCCAUCAAACGUUCACCUAGUCAAUCAGGAGGACCUUCAGAGACUUCUCUGGACCCUCGGCCCGGUCAUUCUCGGACUUAUCGUCCUACGCACCAUUUACUACCUUACCCUCCACCCCCUGGCAGGAUACCCAGGCCCCUUACUCGCACGCAUCACUGCUAUCCCAUGGCUAUGGCACCGCGCCCACGGUACCAACCACAGCUGGCCACUGCUCCUCCACAAACAGUACGGCCACGUUGUACGUAUCGGCCCAAACGAGCUGAGCUACAGCCACCCUGAUGCCUGGCACGACAUCUACGCCAAGGCAGGAGGAGGUGGCGACAUGCCAAAGGACUACGUCGGACUGGGACCGGACAUGGCGGCCCCCGAGAAGGGCAUCGUGCGCGCCGAGAACGACACAGACCACCAGCGGCAGCGGCGGCUUUUCUCGCACGCCUUUUCCGACCGUGCCGUGCUCAAGCAGGAGAGCCUCGUGCAGGGCCAUGUUCGCAACUUGAUGAGCAAGCUGGCCGAUGAGAACGCGGAGCCAGCUGCUGCUUCUGCUUCUUCUUCUCAUCGUGAUGGCCGCGUCGACCUCAUGACUUGGCUGAGCUACCUCGCUUUUGACAUCAUGGGCGACCUCAUGUAUGGCGAGCCGCUCGGCAUGCUCGAAAGCGACCAUUCAGCGCGCCAAUGGGUACGCGAUACGUACUCAACCAUCAAGACAGUCACGCUUGGCAUGACCAUGAUGGGAUGGCAUGCUCCUCUGGGGCCAUUGCUUUUAAAAUACAUCUGGGGCGGCAGCGGCGAGCGCCGCGCCCGGCACAACCGUUUCUCUACGGACCGCGUCGACAAGCGCCUGGACCGUGGUGACGACUCCGGCAGUGACAUCUGGUCCAUGAUCAUGCAGAACAGCGGCAGCGAGAAGAAACCGGGCAUCUCGCGAGCCGAGAUGUACUCCAACGCCGCGACUUUCAUGAUUGGCGGCACGGAGACCACCACGGCUGCUACGUCGGCCCUGAGUUACCUCCUGCUCACGCACCCGUCCAAGAUGGCUACCCUGCGCGCUGAGCUCGAUGCCGCCAUCGAGAAUCCAGAGACGGACAUGACUUUCGCUCGCCUUCGGAAGCUGCCGUACCUCAACGCGUGUAUCGAGGAGGCCAUGCGGCUAUACCCGCCUGCCCCGACGCCGAUGCCGCGGAUGGUGCCUACUGGAGGUCGUGUUGUCUGCGGGCGCUACGUGCCGGCGGACACGCGUGUGGAUAUCUCGCUGUACGCGAUUGCGCACCAUCCUGAUAAUUUUUCGGACCCUGAGGAGUUCGUGCCAGAGCGGUGGCUGGACGACAAGGACCGUCCUGACGAGUAUGCUGGUGAUCGGAGGGAUUGUGUCAAGGUGUUUUCGGUGGGGCCGAGAGAUUGUAUUGGCAAGAAUCUUGCGUACCCUGAGAUGAGACUCAUCAUGGCCAGUCUGCUGUACAACUUUGACCUCGAACUGGCUGAGCCUAACUUUGACUGGUUGGACCAGAAGAGUUACGGCAUUUGGGACAAGCAUCCGCUUUGGGUCAAGGUGGUGCCUCGUAAACAUAUAGGGUCCACGUGA